GCGGCGGUCCCGGCCGCGGAGCUGGUGCUGGCGGCGACCUCGUCGGCAGGCGUGGAGGUGGCGGCGUUUCGCCCCCGCUCGAUGUGAGGAGGAGCGCGGCCCAGGCAAGCGGCGUGCGAGGGGCGCGGGGCCUCCGCGCCGCGGGCGGGAGAGUUCACAAUGACGAAUGAAGAACCUCUCCCUAAAAAGGUUCGCCUUAGUGAAGCAGAUUUUAAGGUUUUACCUAGAGAUGAGCUUAUCCUAAGGUGGAAACAAUAUGAAGCAUACGUGCAAGCUCUGGAGGGCAAGUACACAGACCUUAAUUCUAAUGAUGUGACGGGGCUGAGAGAAUCUGAAGAGAAGUUGAAACAGCAACAGCAAGAGUCUGCCCGAAGAGAAAAUAUUCUGGUGAUGAGGCUGGCAACUAAGGAGCAGGAGAUGCAAGAGUGUACUAAUCAGAUUCAGUACCUCAAGCAAGUCCAGCAGCCUAGUGUUGCCCAACUGCGAUCAACAAUGGUGGACCCAGCCAUCAACUUGUUUUUCCUAAAAAUGAAAGGUGAACUGGAACAGACUAAAGACAAACUGGAACAAGCCCAAAAUGAACUGAGUGCCUGGAAAUUUACGCCUGAUAGCCAAACAGGGAAAAAGUUAAUGGCGAAGUGUCGAAUGCUUAUCCAGGAGAAUCAAGAGCUUGGAAGGCAGCUGUCCCAAGGACGUAUUGCACAGCUUGAGGCAGAAUUGGCUUUACAGAAGAAAUAUAGUGAGGAACUUAAAAGCAGUCAGGAUGAACUGAAUGACUUCAUCAUCCAGCUUGAUGAGGAGGUAGAGGGUAUGCAGAGUACCAUUCUAGUUCUUCAGCAGCAGUUGAAGGAGACUCGCCAGCAGUUGGCACAGUACCAGCAGCAGCAGUCCCAGGCCUCCAACCCAGGUACCAGCAGGACUCCAUCCUCUGAGCCCACAGAGCAGGGAGAGGCUGCAGGCAAAGAUUGCAGCCGCCUGGCAAACGGACCAAGCAAUGGCAGCUCCUCCCAUCAGCGGACGUCUGGGCCUGGAUUUUAUAGGGAGGGUAGCGGCACGGAAGAUGAUUUCCCGGCUUCUCCAGGGAAUGGUAAUAAGCUGUCCAACCACUCUGAAGAUAGAACUGGUAGAGGAAGUGGUAGCUACAUAAACCAGCUCAGUACUGGGUAUGAAAGUGUAGACUCUCCCACUGGCAGUGAAAACUCUCUCACUCACCACUCAAAUGACACAGACUCCAAUCAUGAUCCUCAAGAGGAGAAAACAGUGAGCAUGAAAGGUAACAGAACUGUGGGUUCUCGUCAUGUCCAGAAUGGUUUGGACUCCAGUGUAAAUGUGCAGGGUUCAGUUUUGUAACAUUUUUCUGCAAAAUUUUUAUACAGUGUCAUUGAAAUUGGGAGAGGAUACUGUCCAGAAGCCGUUUAAAUUAGUGCAUACUUGUCACAAUUUUGCCUUUUUGUGGGUUUCUUUUUGCUUCAAUACCUCUGCCACUUUGGAAAUUUUAACAGUUAAUUACGUUGAAUGUUGCUAAAAGGACGUUUGUGUAGCUCAAGUUAUUUUUAUAUGAGUUAAUGUGAAGUUUGAAAUGGAAAUUAUUUCCAUAAAGUAUAACAUAAAUGAUGUCUGUACAAAUCUGUGUAUAUCUAGAACCUGUGCUGUGUAAGGGCAUUCUUACUCAUGCUGUUAUACUUAACACCACCUUCAAGAUUUGUCAUAGCUGUGGGUUUAUGACUGCCAAGUUUGCCCAGUACAGUAGUUUUAUCACUAAAAAGAUGGACUUACUGAAGGAGUCCUGUAGUAGUUUCAGUGUUAAUUACAGUUUUUCCCACCAUACAUCUGUGCAUUUUCUCCUUAGGUGACCGAAUGUUUAUGGAUUGUGUGCAUAGUUACUCAGUUUUUAAGAACUGUUGUAUCCUGUUGAUGCAUAUUGCUCUGUGACUCCAAUAUUAUCUUACCUGUACUGACCAAACCUAAAUAAAAACUUUUAAUAAUGUAA